AUGUCUUGCAUGGACUUCAAACCUCUCAUCGCCAGCAAUGGCUUUUUGAUGGUCAUAUCUUCUCAAGGCAUUGCGGCAGCAUGCUCUGCUGUCAUAUCGGUCAUAGCUGCUAGAAGAUGCAUGAAUCUGCAUUUUCAUGUGAAUUGCAGGGUCGGCUUAGCUGUUGAACGUGCCAUAGCAUUGUCAAAGAGGCAUCACUAUGAGACUUCAAGUUCGAUGACGGGAUUUACUAUAACUGGAAGCUGUAUGAUUGUUGGAACCGCAGUUUCCAUUUGGUCACUGAUGCAGAUGAACCUGCACACGAAAGUUGCGUACUGUUCAGUUGGCACAAUCGACACAGCGUUCAGAAUAAGAAUCUCUUCUUUUAUUCUUUGUGGGGUGGACUUCUUCGCUUUGAUGUCUACUAUUCUGGUGAUUUACUUCAACGAGCUCGCUUUUAAGCGAAAGUACUUUGAUCUACAGUCCUCAUACCAACUCCAGGAGAAUAUCGAUGUUAUCCGCCUGGUCUUACCUUUGACAUUGUUUCAAGCCAUCUGCCACUCGAUAUUUAUUACCAGUACGGCUGUUCUCACAACGUUCGAAGAUAGCCUUUCGCUAGUAACAUAUCGAACAUUAUUUGCAGCUGUUUAUAUUGUGCCAUAUUACACCAUGAUUGCGCCUCUGAUACUGUUGCUGCUGCUCAGAUGGUCAUCCAAGAAAAGAGCGAUGAAGCUUCUCACACUCACGAGACCUGUAAAUGAGCUAGACGUCUAUUUCACAGCUUAUUCGAAGAUGUGGUUGUACAAUAUUGCGGAAAGACACUAA